UGCUGAAGAGGGUAGAAGCCCGACUGUGCUGGUGUGGAUACAGCUGUAAUUUUAAAAGGAAAAAGCCCUGUAUACCAUAAAGGGUUAAUAAAAACACACUUCUGCAAACUUUGUGUAUUUGCAUGUUGCGUGUGCUUGUCUGGCUGAAGGAGAGGACACAGAGAUAGGUAGCUGUGAGACUCCACUGAGAAGUUUCGAGUCAUCAAAAUUUGAUUAUCAUGGAGAAAAAUGGGCUCCUUAUCCUUUUGCUGGCAGUGCUCUGUGCAGUUGCUUCCGGACACUUCAGAAAAUACCACUUUGUGGAAGUCGAAAAGAGCUGGUUUGAUGCUCAGAGCUACUGUCGAGAGAAGCACACAGACCUGGCCACCAUUGAAAGCCAGGAAGAAGCAGACAGUCUCUCUAAGACUCGAGACAAAGGCAAAAAUGAAGCCUGGAUUGGGUUAUAUCGUGAUGUUAAAAAAAACUGGCAGUGGUCCAACAGCGAUGCUGUUAUCAUCAGCAACUUGGAAGCUGAACACGACAUAAUAAAGAAAUCUGACAUAACAAAGAAAUCUUGUGUUGAAGCUGAUAAUCAUGGCAAAUGGACAAAUGAACACUGCAGUACGAAGAACAGUUUCAUGUGUUACAAAGAAUGCAGUAACGCCAGCGAGAGUUAUAUCCUGAUUGAAGAAGGUAAAACCUGGUAUGAAGCUCAGCAGUACUGUAGAGAAAACCACACCGACCUCGUCAGUAUAAAAUGUGACACUGAAAAGGAAAAAAUAAAGAACAUAAGAAAGGAUGGGGUUAAAGCAUUUUGGAUAGGCCUGUUCAAUAAUCCGUGGAAGUGGUCAGAUGGGGGAGAUUUGGACUUCCAAAACUGGAAUUCUGGAAAACUAUCCGGUGAUGAGAACAAAAAGUGUGUUUCUAUACAAUAUAACGAAGAAACAUGGAAUGAUGAAAAAUGUGACACUAAACUCCCCUUCUUCUGCUAUGAUGAUGGCAGACAGCUGUUCCUUGUGACGGAGAAUAAAACCUGGGAGGAAGCUGAGAAGUACUGCAAAUCUAACUACACUAACCUGGUCAGCAUCGAGUCAAAGCCAGAACAGAUCAGAGUGAUGAAAAAAGCUGGAAACGCCACCUCCUGACAGGUGUGGCUGGGGUUACGCAAGAGCUGUACCUUUGGCUUCUGGUACUGGGUGGAUGGAGCCAAGCAUGGCUAUGAUCAGUGGGCUCCAGGUUGCCCAUGCCAAAGUGAACCGAACCAUUGUGGAGCCAUGGACAGAAUGAAUGGGUACAACUGGACUGCCCAGUCCUGCUCUGAAGGGUUCAACUUCAUCUGCUACAAAGAGAUGAGAGUGACUCCCUGAGUACACUCAGCUUCUGCAGCAGCAUCCGCUUUCCACACCCGGGAUACUUUUGAUUGCUUCAAGGGGCUCACUCGCAUUAUUUUAAAGGGGGGUUGAAAUGGCUUUUUCUUAAGGGGUUAAUAAAAAGGUUUUUAAAAACAAAACAAAGAAAUAUUUGCACGACAACUUUCUAGUAAAUCCCUCAUCGUUUUACUGUAAAUAUGUUCACACAUUUUGAAGUUUGUGAAGGUUUGCACUCCAUAUGCUACAGUGUAGUGAGAUUCUGCAGUGAAAAUAACAACAUCUGCAGAAAAAUGAUUCAGGACAUGUUCUGGUAAUGAGAGGAAUAUAAUGUUUUUUAGUAUAUCCCCUUCAGUCUCAGCAUGCAUAAUCUCAUUGUGUUAAGUUCCUAUCUAUGUAUCUACAGUCAUUAUUUUAAAGUAUUUGCUUUUUCAAAGGUUUUUUUAUGGUAACUUUUCAAACCCCAUAGAGUUCACACAAACUAUAUGUCUAAAAAUGUAAUUUAAAACAAUUGUGACGGAAUGGGAUGUACACAGUGUACUGUCAACAUGGCCUAACCAUGAAUUAAUCAAUUUAGUGAAUUAUCAAUUCUUGGUAGCACUUCAUUGUAUUAUUAUUAUUAUUAUUAUUAUUAUUAUUAUUAUUAUUAUUAGUGGUAGUUGUUCUGCGAAAACUGCUAUAAAAAAACAAGCACAUUUUUCUGGAAACAUCCCAGAAACACUGAACUUUGAUUCCAUCUGUAAACCAGACUGCUUGGACUGUUAGAUGUAUUGCAAGGGGAUAAAAAAAAAAAAAAAAAAAAAAAAACAUUUUGAAAGUGGUGUAGAAUUCAUGUUAGUAUUGCAUGGAGAAAAAGUUAAAAAUGCAAACAGAAACUUAAAGCCAAAGUUUCCAAAUCAGUGAAAAGGGGCUUGUCAAAAAUAGGAAGUUUAAAAAGUAAUCUCUAAGGCGAUCUACAAUACUCUAGAUAUUAAACCUGUAUUGCAAUGUUUAAGUACAGUCAUGUGGCUCAUAUGCUUGCUGUAACUGCU